AUGUGGCCUAUAUUGUAUGCUUUUGGAACCAAGUUUUCAAGGUAUUUAGUUCUACCAGUUGCCGCUGUAAUUGGCACUGCAGGCUACUACUUAGAACGGAAAUUCGUGCCGAAAAGGCCAACCAUUGAAUAUUUGGAGUCAUCUAUACAGGAUCAACGUGCCAAAAGACAGUCAGACAGCCCAGACCUUAAGAUUAAGGACAUAAUUUCACCUAAUACUCUGAAUAUUUUGAAGCCUGCAGAAGACAAAUAG